GUUUUCUGAAACUACCGAAUUGGUGAGUCAAUCUCUUCAGCUCAGGAUAUGGACUCAAAACCAUCGGGGCAAUAAUGGAUAUUUGUAUUGCUUAAAAGUAAAGGUAAUCGUUGCUGGAUUAGAACAGUUGUUUGAUAAAACAGGAACGUAUUAGGAGACUGUGCGACGAUGGGUAAUAUUCUGUACACGUUCUCUAGGGUCAACCAACUUGGAAGUCGAAACGAUGAUGACUUCUCGGAUAGGCUCAGUCAUCGUUAUACGACAAUCCUCCUUACCGUAUUCUCCAUACUGGUGACGGGAAAACAAUACACGGGGGAUCCGAUUCACUGCUGGUGUCCAGCGGCGUUCUCAGACGCACAGGUGAAUUAUGCAAACAGUUUAUGCUGGAUAAAGAACACAUACUACAUACCUAUAGGUGAUUUACUACCUCUAGAAGAUGAACCAAGACGGAGUAAAGAGAUCAGUUAUUACCAAUGGGUACCUAUAGUACUCCUCGGCCAGGCAUGUUUGUUUUACCUCCCCUGUUUAGUAUGGAGGAUUUUAAAUUCCAGAUCUGGGAUAAAUGUAAAUAACAUCGUUCGCACUGUCAGCGACAGUGAUCACGUGAACCCUGACAUCCGGGAACGCACGAUCAAGUAUCUCGUGCGACAUAUGGACAGAUGCUUCGAGAAUCAGAGAGAAUAUCGCACGGGAUGGUGCAUCAAAGUGCGACAGUUUAUUGCGACGAAGAUGUGUUUACUUUGCGGCAGACGAUAUGGCAAUUUUUUGAUCGCAUCAUAUUUGUUAGUCAAACUGCUGUAUUUUUUAAACGCAUUGGGUCAGCUGUUUCUGAUGAAUGCAUUCCUGAAAACAGAAUACAUGUUGUAUGGCUACGAAGUUCUCCGAGAUCUUGCGAAGAUGGACGAUUGGACUGCAUCAAUUCGGUUCCCAAGGGUUACGUUAUGUGACUUCAAAAUCAGAAUGUUUGGACACAAUGUGCACAGAUACACCGUCCAGUGCGUUCUACCAAUUAAUCUCUUUAAUGAGAAAAUCUACAUUUUCUUGUGGUUCUGGUUUGUCGUAAUUGCAUGCUCAGCAUUCUAUACCUUUAUGUCCACUCUGAUGAUUGCCAUUGCCGGGAAUCGAAUCAGAUACAUAAAGAAAUAUCUGAAACUAAUGGGCAGAUACGACAAAGAAACUGAAAAGAAAGUUAUCGGAAAGUUUGUGAAUUUGUAUCUAAAACAAGAUGGCGUUUUUGUGGUUAGACUUCUUUCCAAGAAUACAAACGACGUAUUUGUGUCGGAGAUUAUUUGUGGGUUAUGGACAUUUUACAAGAACUACAGAAGAACUGGGGCUGAAGUUGCGAUGGUAUGACUACCGCAAGUUGCAAAUGUUUGCAAACAAAAUGGAAAUGGUCACGCAGGGGCAAUUAAUUGAUUGCCCUAACGUAAGUGAAGGACACGAAAUUUCCAUUGCAGAACUUCCUUUUAAUAUAACCUUGCAUUGCAGAGAUAACAAGGAGGCAUCUAAAUUACGACAUCGAUCCAAUUUGAUUGAUUUCUAAUAUAACGCCUUGGCAGGUUUUAAACCGUAUCUGGAAACAUUCCCCUUUUACUUACUUUGGAAAUGCCAGUACAUUAGAGUUGCCCUGAGAUAGGAGGUCUAAAUUGAUUACUUUAGGGUUUGUAUUGACAGUAAUGACAGAAUUAUAUCGGUCAUCUCAAAUACUUAGAUGUUUCUUUUAAGACAAUUGAAUCGUCCGAGGCAUCUUCUUGCUUGACGUCAUUGUCAAUUAGGGUAAUCGUCAAGAGUUUUGGAUUUUAUGAGUUAGUCGCCAAAUAAAUGUAUAUAUAGUUGAAUAGAUAUAGCUCUUGAUGUAAUCACUGUAAAUACUAGUCGCCUCUCAAUCAAAUGUACUACGUAAGAUGAUGAGACCAAUGCUUAUACUAAUAAGGAACAAGUGACUUUUAGAUGAAAUGUCUUCGGCCAUAAAAAAGAAAGCCUGUGUGAAUUCUGAGUAGUUAAUUAAUCGAGUCUAACUUUUGCAUUUUACGAAUCCAUAUAAAGUACUGAAAAUGGUCAACCGAUCCGAGAUGACUAUAAAGCCUGACAUCAGCCUGACAUCAGCCACUUGAACAUCAGUUCCCAUAAACCAAUAAAGCAAACUGCUCUGAACCCGAAUACAAUUUAGCCUAAUAGGCAUAGCAUAAUGCCAUUAUAUAAACACAAUGUUAAGAUACAUCAUCAUUAUGAAAUGCAUUGUAUUUGUGUCUUGAAUAUAACAAAUGCACCUAAACACAUACUAUACAUGGUGGUGCUGAGGA